AGGAGCUACGGAGCCCUCAGACAGCAGGGCAGGACGAGGAGGGCGGCCUGGCCCCGGCGGGGAUAGAGGCAGUGGCUCGCCCGGCCAUGCCACCCCGGCGCUGAAGCUGCCCCGCCGCAUCCCCCAGCCCCCCUACCCCACCAUGGCCGCGCCACUCUAGGCGUCCCACCGGCUCGCCCCGCGUCGCCCCGGCUCCCCCGGGGCCGCCAAACGGAGGAUGGACGAAGAUGGACCGCGAGCGGCCGAGGAGGAUCCGGAGCCGGGCAGAGCCAAGACUUUCAUCCGCCUUAAUGACCUGUCCGGAGCCGGGGGCCACCGGGGGCCGGGGGACAGGGAGGCGGCCAGCGGCGACUCGGAGGAGGAGGCGCUGCCCUACCCGGCGCUGGCCCCCGUCGUCUUUUUCUACCUGAGCCAGGAGAGCCGGCCGCGGAGCUGGUGCCUCCGGUUGGUCUGUAACCCAUGGUUUGAGAGGGUCAGCAUGCUGGUAAUUCUGCUCAACUGUGUGACGCUGGGCAUGUUCCACCCCUGCGAGGAUAUCGCCUGUGACUCGCCACGCUGCAGGAUCCUCCAGAGCUUUGAUGACUUCAUCUUUGCCUUCUUUGCUGUGGAAAUGAUCGUCAAAAUGAUUGCACUGGGGAUUUUUGGGAAGAAAUGCUACCUGGGAGACACAUGGAACCGCCUGGACUUCUUCAUCGUCAUUGCAGGGAUGCUGGAGUAUUCCCUGGACCUGCAGAAUGUCAGCUUCUCAGCCGUCCGCACUGUUCGAGUCCUGCGGCCACUCAGGGCCAUUAACAGGGUCCCCAGUAUGCGCAUCCUGGUGACAUUGCUUUUGGACACGCUGCCCAUGCUGGGGAACGUCCUCCUCCUCUGCUUCUUCGUCUUCUUCAUCUUCGGCAUUGUGGGAGUCCAGCUGUGGGCAGGUUUACUCAGGAACCGCUGCUUCCUCCCUGAGAACUUCAGCAUCCCCUACACGGUUGAUUUGGAACGGUACUACCAGACAGAGAAUGAAGAUGAAAAUCCCUUCAUCUGCUCCCAGCCCCGGGAGAAUGGGAUGCGCUACUGUCGGAGUAUCCCAACACGGAGGGAAGAGGGUCUGGAGUGCACUCUGGAUUAUUAUUCCUACAAUGACACCACCAACACAUCUUGUGUGAACUGGAACCAGUACUACACCAACUGCUCUGCUGGGGAGCACAACCCCUUCAAGGGAGCCAUCAACUUUGAUAACAUUGGCUAUGCCUGGAUUGCGAUAUUUCAGGUCAUCACGUUGGAAGGCUGGGUGGACAUCAUGUACUUUGUCAUGGAUGCACACUCCUUCUACAACUUCAUCUACUUCAUCCUCCUGAUCAUUGUGGGCUCCUUCUUCAUGAUCAACCUGUGCCUGGUAGUGAUAGCGACACAGUUCUCUGAGACGAAGCAGCGCGAGAGCCAGCUGAUGAAGGAGCAGCGCGUGCGCUACCUGUCCAAUGCCAGCACCCUUGCCAGUUUCUCAGAGCCAGGAAGCUGCUAUGAUGAGCUCCUCAAGUACCUGGUUUAUAUUGCCCGGAAGGGCAGCAAGCAGCUGGUGAAGGCCUACAGGGCAGCAGGCGUAAAGAUGGGCUUCCUCAGCAGCCCCACUAGCAAGGCGAGGGCGGAGCGGCACAACCGGAAGUGCCGGAGCAGGAAGAGAUCCUCUGUGCACCACCUCAUCCACCACCACCAUCACCACCACCACCACUACCACCUGGGCAACGGGAACAUGCGAGCGCCCCGUGCCAGCCCGGAGAUCAGCGAUGUGGAGACCAGCUCACUCCACAACGGGACCAACCGGCUGAUGCUCCCUCCCUCAGCACCCAAUUCCCUGGGGGCCCCCAGUGCCUCUCCCAGCAACACUGAGUCCGUGCACAGCAUUUACCAUGCUGACUGUCACUUUGAGCCGGUGCGCUGCCGGUCAUCCCUGACACAGCCGAGCCUUGGCUUGCCAAGCCAAGAAGGGAUCCCCAAGAACAUAGUGGGCAGCAAGGUGUACCCCACAGUGCAUUCCAGCACCUCCCAUGAGAUGCUGAAAGAGAAGAACCUGGGGGAGGCGGCGGUGAGUGCUGGGAGCAGCACCUUGACAAGCCUCAACAUCCCGCCCGGGCCAUACAGCACCAUGCACAAGCUGCUGGAGACACAGAGCACAGGGUUCUUCUCAGUCCAUGUUACAGAGAAAGGCGAUGGCUUUCAUGGUCCCUGCCAAAGCUCUUGCAAGAUCUCCAGCCCCUGCCACAAGCUGGAUGCUGGCUCCUGCACCCCCGAGAGCUGCCCUUACUGCCUCACGGCGCUGGCGGGUGAGGCCGAGCUGUCGGACAAUGAGACCGACUUAGACAGUGAAGAGGUCUUCGAGUUCACACAGGACGCCCACUACAGUGACCAGCGGGACCCACAGAGGGGCAGAGCCCAGGCCAGGAGAGCCCAUCUGGUGCUGGCCUUCUGGCAUGUGGUGUGUGAGACUUUCCAGAAGAUCGUGGACAGCAAAUAUUUUGGCCGUGGGAUCAUGGUGGCCAUUCUCAUUAACACACUCAGCAUGGGGAUCGAGUACCACGAGCAGCCGGAGGAACUUACCAAUGCCCUGGAGAUCAGCAAUAUUGUCUUCACAAGCCUCUUUGCCCUGGAGAUGCUGUUGAAAGUCCUUGUUUAUGGUCCUUUUGGCUACAUUAAGAAUCCAUACAACAUCUUUGAUGGGAUCAUUGUGGUGAUUAGCGUGUGGGAGAUUGUGGGCCAGCAGGGCGGGGGGCUCUCGGUCCUGCGCACCUUUCGUCUCAUGCGGGUGUUGAAGCUGGUCCGCUUCAUGCCAGCGCUGCAACGCCAGCUCGUCGUCCUCAUGAAGACCAUGGACAAUGUGGCCACCUUCUGCAUGUUGCUGAUGCUCUUCAUCUUCAUCUUUAGCAUCCUGGGCAUGCACCUCUUUGGUUGUAAGUUUGCUUCAGAGCGGGAUGGUGACACUCUGCCCGACAGGAAGAACUUUGACUCCUUGCUCUGGGCCAUCGUCACUGUUUUCCAGAUUUUGACACAGGAAGACUGGAACAAGGUCCUUUAUAAUGGCAUGGCCUCCACCUCAUCCUGGGCUGCUCUCUACUUCAUCGCUCUUAUGACAUUUGGGAACUACGUUCUCUUUAACCUGCUGGUGGCCAUCCUGGUAGAGGGUUUCCAGACAGAGGGUGAUGCUUCCAAGUCUGAUUCCGAGGGGGAUCUCUUCCCCCACAGCCUGGAAGAGGAGGGAGAACUUAAGAAAAACUUGUCAAAUCCAGCCUUGACGGCCCUGAGCUACCAGCCGGAGCUGAAGAAGAGCCUGACGCCGCCGCUCAUCAUCCAUACGGCAGCCACACCCAUGCCCAUGCCCAAGAGUGCCGCGUUCGGGGACGCGGCGCAGGGUUACGAGUCCCGCCGGGCCAGCGGUGUCUCCGUGGAUCCUGUUGCCGCCCAUGAGCUCAAGUCCCCGCCCAGCACCCGCAGCUCCCCGCACAGUCCCUGGCGUGCCAGCAGCUCCUGGAACAGCCGCCGCUCCAGCUGGAACAGCAUCGGCCGCGCCCCCAGCCUCAAGCGCCGGGGGCAGAGCGGCGAGCGCAGGUCCCUCCUGUCCGGGGAGGGCAAGGAGAGCUCCGAGGAAGGGGACAGCUCUGAUGAGGAGCACUCCAGCCGGGCCGGCAGUUUCAAUGGCUCUUUGCCUCACCGCAUGGAGUCGCUGGAAACUAAAGGGUCCUUUGACCUCCAGGAUACUCUGCAGGUGCCUUCCCUGUAUCGGACCAGCAGUAUGCACAGCACCAGAACGUCUGUCUCCGAGCACCAGGACUGCAAUGGGAGGACCUCUCCAGGUCUGCUGCUGCACCAGCUCCACCUGGAUGAGCCCCACCAGGAUGGCGAUGACGGUGAUGAUGAAGGUAGCAUGAGCAAAAGGGACCGCAUGAAGGCCUGGGUACGGGCACUGCUCCCCACCUGCUGCAAAGAGAGGGACUCCUGGUCCAUCUACAUCUUCGCCCCUCACUCCAGAUUCCGUCUGAUGUGCAAUAAAAUCAUCACUCACAAGAUGUUCGAUCACGUUGUCUUGGUGAUCAUUUUCCUGAACUGCAUUACCAUUGCCAUGGAACGACCCAAAAUUGAGCCUCACAGCGCUGAACGGAUUUUCCUAACACUCUCCAAUUACAUCUUUACAGUCAUCUUCCUGACUGAGAUGACAGUUAAGGUGGUGGCACUAGGCUUGUGUUUUGGGGAGAAAGCCUACUUGAAGAGCAGCUGGAAUGUGCUGGAUGGGGUGCUGGUGCUCAUCUCCGUCAUUGACAUCCUGGUCUCGAUGGUGUCAGACAGUGGCACGAAAAUCCUGGGGAUGCUGCGGGUCCUGAGGCUACUGAGGACACUGCGGCCCUUGAGAGUCAUUAGUCGAGCCCAAGGACUGAAGCUGGUGGUGGAGACUCUCAUGUCAUCCUUGAAACCCAUUGGGAACAUUGUGGUCAUCUGCUGUGCCUUUUUCAUAAUCUUUGGGAUCUUGGGAGUUCAGCUUUUCAAAGGCAAGUUUUUUGUGUGCCAGGGGGAAGACACCAGAAACAUCACAAAUAAAUCAGAUUGCACAGAAGCAAGCUACAAAUGGGUCCGGCACAAGUAUAAUUUUGAUAAUCUCGGCCAGGCCCUGAUGUCUCUCUUUGUCCUGGCCUCCAAAGAUGGGUGGGUGGAUAUCAUGUACGAUGGCUUGGAUGCUGUGGGAGUCGACCAGCAGCCAGUCAUGAACUACAAUCCAUGGAUGCUCCUCUACUUCAUUUCCUUCUUGCUGAUUGUGGCCUUCUUCGUCCUCAACAUGUUUGUGGGAGUGGUGGUGGAGAAUUUCCACAAGUGUCGGCAGCACCAGGAGGAGGAAGAAGCCAAGAGGCGGGAGGAAAAAAGGCUUCGCCGGCUGGAGAAAAAGAGAAGGAAUCUAAUGCUGGAUGAUAUAUUAAUGGAGAGCUCAGCCAGUGCAGUGCAAGAAGCUCAGUGUAAGCCCUACUACUCGGAUUACUCCCGUUUCCGCCUCCUGAUUCACCAGAUGUGCACCAGCCACUACCUGGAUCUGUUCAUCACUGGUGUCAUCGGCCUCAAUGUCAUCACCAUGGCCAUGGAGCACUACCAGCAGCCAAAGGUUCUUGACGAAGCCCUGAAGAUUUGCAAUUACAUCUUCACCGUUAUCUUUGUCAUGGAAUCUGUUUUCAAGCUUAUUGCCUUUGGGUUUCGCCGCUUCUUCCAAGACAGAUGGAACCAAUUAGAUCUGGCAAUUGUGCUGCUGUCUAUCAUGGGCAUCACUUUGGAAGAGAUCGAGGUGAAUGCUUCACUACCAAUUAACCCCACAAUUAUCCGGAUCAUGAGGGUUCUCAGAAUCGCCCGAGUGCUGAAGUUGCUGAAGAUGGCUGUGGGGAUGAGGGCCCUCCUGGACACCGUGAUGCAAGCGCUACCGCAGGUGGGGAAUCUGGGCCUUCUCUUCAUGUUGUUGUUUUUCAUAUUUGCAGCUCUUGGAGUGGAGCUGUUUGGAGACCUUGAGUGUGAUGACACACACCCCUGCGAGGGGCUGGGACGGCAUGCCACAUUCAGGAACUUUGGGAUGGCCUUCCUGACCCUCUUCCGAGUAUCCACAGGAGACAACUGGAAUGGGAUAAUGAAGGACACACUGCGUGACUGUGACCAGGAGUCCACCUGUUACAAUACCGUCAUUUCCCCCAUCUACUUCGUCUCCUUUGUGCUGACAGCCCAGUUUGUCCUGGUGAAUGUGGUGAUCGCGGUGCUCAUGAAGCACUUGGAGGAGAGCAACAAGGAGGCAAAGGAGGAGGCAGAGCUUGAAGCAGAACUGGAGAUGGAGAUGAAGACCAUCAGCCCUGGCCAGCACAGCCCCUCGGACAUCUUUGCGUGGACAGGCACCACCAGUGGAGAGAGACCCGAGAGCCCCCGUGGAUUUACCAAUCCCAUGCAAAUCAAGGAAAGGCACUUGUUUGAUACCAUAUCACUGCUGAUCCAGGAAUCUCUGGAAGGAGAGCUGAAGCUGAUGGACAACCUGUCAGGCUCUGUGUGCCAUCAUUAUGCCCUCCCAGCUCCCGAAUAUUACAACUCUGAGAACCAGGCUGAUCUCCGCUCCAAGGACGACACGCUGACCCUGUCCCCCAGCAAGGACCUGCUGAGCGUGAGGAAGCCCUCAGUGGGACGCACUCACUCCUUGCCAAACGACAGCUACAUGUUCCAGCCACCCUACUCCAGCCCCUGCCCUGCCUCCCUGGGCGACAGGAAACCGGCGCACCACAAGUCCCAGUCAGGUUCAAAGGCAUCGGUGCAGUCUCAGCCGGCAGACACCAGCUCCCUCCUGCAAAUCCCAAAGGAUCAUUUCCACCAUGGAAGAGCUCAUGACCGUUUGGUGGGGGAGAGCAAGCACCAGGUCUUCUCCCAGCAGGCACACUCCCCUUCUGCUGAAAGGCUGCUCCGCAGACAGAUGGCUAUAAGGAAUGACUCUCUGGAUAGCAAGGAGAAUCUCCACACUGAGGUGAGUGAACUCUCUGACCCAAAUGUUCCCACUGUGCCCAAGGAGGAGUCACCAGUGGCUCUGAUGCCCUCAGAAGUGAAUGAGUUGGCUGCCUGGAGUCGGGUGAGCGUCCAUACGCAGCAGCAUUCCCACAAUCAGUAUAAUAUUUCAAAGCAGGCACCAGCAUCCUGUGCUUGUGCAGACUCGUAUCAGGAGACCCCUGAAGAUUCAAUGGACCAAGAAGUAUCUGAAAUAAACAGCUCCUCCGAGCCUUUCACUUCAGAAACUUGCACAGCCUCGAGUGCCUGUUCGGAGGGUCAGCCUCUCACACCUAAGAGAAACGUGGGCAAUACCGGCAACGUGGUACUGAAGGACCUGAAGAAAUAUCACAGUGUAGACACCCAGGGUCUGCUAAAAAAACCACCCUCUUGGUUAGAUGAUCAAAGGAGACAUUCAAUAGAGAUUUGUUCCAUAGAAAACAGCCCUCAGCACCAUUCCACGUCCAGCUCCUCUGGCUUUAUAAGUCAGGUGGUCAGUGAAAUGGAAUGCUUGCAAGGCACACGGCAGAAGAAGAAACUGAGCCCUCCUUGUAUAUCUAUAGAUCCACCUGAUGGGCAGAGCUUGGUACCUAGGGGACCCCACAGCAUCUCACCUGCCAGUGGAGACAUUUGCUUGAGGAGGCGUGCUCCAUCUUGUGAGUCCAAGGAUUCCGUGGAUAUAGGGGAUUCACUUCUUCCAGACAGUAUGUCAACAUCUCCUACCCCAAAGAAAGACUUGUUGACACUUCCUAGCUUUUCCUUUGAUCAAACAGAAUUGAACCCCUGAGUUACUUUUCUGUUGGUGCCAAAUGUCUUCUUCCUUUCAUGUAACAGAAAAAAAAAAUUAAAAACUCUAUACUCCAAAAUGGCCCUGGGUAAAAAAUUUCCAAAGAAAGAUUAAAGAACCAGCUGGUUAAAAGAGUGGUUAACCUAUAUCACGCUUACUUAAGCAUAUGUUCUGCUUAGGUAAAAGCAAUACAAUGUGCAGAAUCUAUAUGUAUAUUAUAUUUUAUUAAAUUAAUUGAAUCUAG